AUGUCUAGUGUGGAUGCAGAGUUUGUCACGAAGAAGACGGUCAAAGGACGGGUUGUGGCAGAAUUCCUGGCAGAGAAUCCGAUUGCAGGUGAUGAAUCAUGGGAAUUGGAAUUUCCAAAUGAACAUUUAUUGUGUGUUGAAACGGGGCUUGGAAAUUGUACUUUGAUGGAUCAGCCAAUAGAAACGUACUUUGAUGGAUCAGCCAAUAGAAACGGAGCCGGAGCCGGUAUCGUGAUAGAGGCACCUAAUGGUGAGGUCACAACAAUGUGCAAAAGAUUAUUACUUCCGGUCACCAACAAUAUGGCCGAAUAUGAAGCGUGUAUCAUGGGAAUGGAGACUCUUCUUGCAUCAGGUGCUAAGGAAUUCGAGGUUAUAGGAGAUUCACUGUUGGUUAUCGAACAUGCUAACGAGAGAUGGAAAGUGGAAGAAGAAAGGUUGAAGCCCUAUUUUGAGUACUUGUUGAAGAAGGCAGCACUCUUUGAUAAGAUCACCUUUACUCAUAUAGGAAGAAUCCAUAACAGAAUUCCGGAUGCCUUGGCAAACUUAGCAUCAGCUUGGCAGGAUUUGAGUAAGGUUGAAUCAGAGGAAGAACCUUGGUUUACGGAUAUUCUGAGGUACAUGAGAGACGGAACCUUUUUUGAUGAUGCGACAAAGGAAGACCAUUCAGUGUUAAGGAAAAUGGCUUUGAAUUAUGUCCUGCCUGAUGGUGAACUCUAUAGGAGGGCUUGGGACGGGAUGUUGCUAAGAUGCAUGUUGGUCAGUUGCUAUAUAGAUUAUAAGGUUGAGCAUCAUUCGGUUGAGCAUCAUCAUUCUUCUCCUUAUCGCCCUCAAGCUAAUGGUGCAGUAGAAGCCGCGAAUAAGGAGAUUAAAAGAAUCCUGUCCAAGAUGUGCGAGUGUGAACCCCUUCCCCAAAAAUAG